AUGUGGCCUCUCUGUUUUCUGCUUAACAAGCUUUUGAAAGUUGAUGAGAGGAAUCAGGGGAGAUCAGAAGUUCAUGGAGAUUCUUCUACUUCUGCCAGAUACAGCAAAUUGGAUCCUUUGGUGACUAAUGGAAAUUACAGAGAUGGAGGGUUGCCAUCCUCGUCCCACAUGGAAGUCCCUCAUGUGCAUCAGCUAGCUUCAUGGGAUUGCGGUCUCGCUUGUGUUGUUAUGGUUCUCAGAGCAAGUGGCAUCACAAGCUGCACUAUCGAGGAUUUGACUAAGAUAUGCUCCACAAAUAGCGUUUGGACUGUAGAUCUCGCAUAUUUACUGCAAAAGUUUUGCGUGGAAUUUUCCUAUUUCACAGUAACAUUCGGCGCAAAUCCAAAUUACUCCAUAGAGGAUUUUUACAAGGAGCAGCUCCCUGAAGAUCUGGUGCGUGUGGAUUUGCUCUUCAGAAAAGCACAUGAAUCUGGCAUUAUUAUACAGUGCAGAUCAGUUAGUAUUCAUGAGAUCUCUUGUUUGCUAUUGUCGGGGAGCUAUAUUGCCAUUGCAUUAGUUGACCAGGACAAGCUAAGCAAGUCUUGGCUGGAGGAAGUGAUUGUCGCUGGUCUUCACAACAGCAAUUCCAGCUACACAGGUCACUAUAUUGUGAUAUGUGGCUACGAUGCUGAUAGGGAUGAGUUCGAGAUCAGAGAUCCAGCCAGUUCCAAGAUACACGAGAGGAUAUCGGCAAAAUGCCUGGAGAAUGCUCGGAAAUCUUUUGGGACAGACGAAGAUCUUCUCUUGAUAAACUUGGAAAACAUCAAGAACCAGAAAGAAUGUUAG